UGGUCACUCACAGGUCGCGGUCACAGGGGAACUGAGGGUGGAUGGAGGAAGGGUAGACAGGCAGACAGACAGACCGGCAGCAGGCGUGGACUCUGCCCUCUGGAGCCUCUACCCCAGACCUGUCAGGAUUGUUCAGGCGUGGGCAAGGAGGAGUCAACCCCGGGAGAAAUGGAGUUGCCCAACCACGUUAACACAACCCGUAUAAGUGUUGCAGCUAGUUUAUAAAAGUAAUCCUACAGCGAGUCCAGCCAGAGAUGUGGGUGCUCACGUUAGCGACUGUGUCACUCCUGUUGGGCCGCCUCCCGGCGAGCCCUCUGCCGGCGCCCCCCGCGUCAGACCUGGACAUGUUUGCAGAGAUCCUAGAGGAAUUAGAAGAGUUGCCGCUGGAGGAGCGCGAGGACGACGCUGUGACUCCAGAGUUGCUGGAUCUGUACCAAGAUGUGGAGCUGCUGUACGAGAUGCAGAAGAGCAACAUCACUGACAGCCGAGAGGGUCGGGGGUUCCUGAGCAAGCUGAGUUUCUUAACCGGUCUCAAACUCGGGAGUUUCCUGACAGGUUCCGGUACCCUGGCGGCCAGCCAGAGUAUCAACUUCUUGGGCAAGAUCCUCAACGCCGCCCUGUCAAUCAGUUACGGCAGCAUCGACACGUACCCAGGAUUGGGAAUCGGUGAACCAGGGAUAGGCCUGCAGAAACUUCCAGUCAUAGUCGAGAAUGUUCCCAUUAUUGAUAAACAAAGGGAGAAGCCUGAUGGGCCUCUGGAAACAAUUUCUGAGCCUUCCUUGGAAAGCCUGGUAACUACAGUAAGAACUCCCGAUACCGUCAGGAAGGAUUUUCUCGAACAACAUAAUCACAGGGUGGAGAACUUCAAUGACGCUUUUGACAAGAAAGUUGUCAGGUCAAGAACGGGAAGAAUAGAAACUCCAAAAUCGGACAAGAUUUCGUAACUGUGCAGCUUUUGUGUAUGAUAAUUGAACACUAGUUUUGUUUAUUUUUUGAGAAAGGACACGCCCCAAAGUGUUACCUAAACCGUACAUUCUCAUAAUUUAGAAUAAAUCUGAGUGUAUUGUAAAUAUUAUUCUAAACUUGGCGAAAGUUCGGUUUUAAACCAAGAUUGUAAUUUUCCUCCUGUGUGCACGUAGAUGGUAUUGGAAUACAUUUGAUAAUACAAUGUUUUGCGU